UCACGUGUAUUUUUCUGAUUCCUUUAAAAUCGCCUCGUUGGAAACAGCGAAAAGCGUUAUUAAAUGUCAUGCUGAUUUUGAAUUUAUGUAAACGUUUGUGCAGCAUUGCAUACCUGCAAUUAUUGAAUAGGAACCAUAAAACUCCAAAUCUUUGUCCUCCAAACAGGAUUAUUAUUUUUUCUUUGUGACCAUAAUCAAUUAUUUUAGAACAGCCAAAUCCAUAUUAAUAAUUUAAAGAAUUACGCUUGACCACAGAGCGUUCAGCCAAGUCACAAUGACAAACUGGCCUUUUCAUCAGGAACAAAACCUUAAUCAAGCUCCAUUAGGAAGAUGGACACAUUGUCCCUUGAAGGAUCAUUUUUCUCCCUGUACCUUCUUCUGUCACUUGUCCUUUUGCUCCCUUUGCUUCCUGAGUAUAAGGUCCAGUUUCAGUUAUCUCACUGCUGAAAUCUGUUCCACCCCUUUUUUUCCCAGCCACUCUUUCCUAAAACCUCUUUACUCAUCUUUUUUUCUAAUUAUCCAAUCCAACUUACAACUGCUUGGGUCUCAUAUCCAGAUCAGGCUCGGGGCAGUUUGAGGCACUGCUGAGGGCAGUGGUAUGAGUUUUUAUUGCAUUCAUUAUUCAGACUGAAAGAAGUGGAGAUUAGAGCACUUUGAGAGUGUGCGGUGUUGAAAUAUUUAUAUUAGCAGAGAAUGAGAUGGUUGAAUUGGCUGUGUGUGUGUGUGGGCAUGUGUGUGGGGGUGUGUGUGGGUGUGUGUGUGUGUGUGAGGGGAGGGUGAAUUCUGCUUUUAUGUGUUUUUAUGCUUUUCAUAGACUUCCACAAAUGCAACGAGGAAACAGGGUGAUGUGAACUAGAGAGAAGAUCUGAUCACUAUAAAGACCACACUUUAUUGCCAUUUUUGUUGAAAAAAAUAGCUUGGGUUGUUUUACAUUGUCCUGUCUGCAAAAGGUGCUUCCAAUUUUAGUAAAAUACAUAAAUAAAUCACAUAAUAAAACCAAAACUGGACCAUGACAGUGUGGCAAAAAUGGGUCACUGCUAUCAGAGAGGCAUCAGCAGAGGGAGUCAGGGACGCUGGCCACAGAUCUGAUCAUUUCAAACCAUUCCUACUUUCCUUCAUAUCCUCUUCCAUCAUACUGGAUACUUUGUACAGUUUUAAUAUAACCUCUGUCAACAACAUCAUCAACAAUAUGGACUAACAAGAGCACAGUCAAAUGAUAUUUGAUGUUAUCCUGACAAACCAUGACUUAUGCACAUAUAUUGAUCAAUUUAUUCUUCAGGAUUCAAAAUACACAUAUAGUUCAGACAAAACUUUACAUAUGCUCAUUACCAAUAUGAGUUUUACAUUAUUUUAGGGGUUUUAAAUAUUUAUUUUAAGUGAUCUUUCAACUGAGUUUUCUUUUCUUCCCUCACAAUGCCAACAAGUACUUUUGAAGUGAAGCUUUCUAACCAAGAGCUGGUGCAUGGUGGUGGCAGUAUCAUGCUGUGGGGCUGUCUAUGAGUCUGUUUCAGGAAAGCAAAUAAUUUAGAUAAGCUCUAAUUCUGUUCAGAAGAUUGAUGGCCAAGACAAGCAUGGGUGGAGGCGCAAGUUAAGGCGAAGCUACUAAAGCUAACACCAUUGAAACUUAAAUUGAAAUCAGCACAGUCUGACAGUUAAACUUCACUUUCUCUGUUUAGAGUUUAAAAUGUUCUGCCAGAAUUAUGCAAGAAGUUGGCAAGAGGGGACAAGCAUGUGGUCAAGGCGCAACUUCCUAAGCAGACAUUUAACAAAAUACGAGAGGGGGUGCAUGUACAUAUUAAAGUGAAAAUAUAGAUUUGGAGUUGAGUCAUAUGGGAUGUGAUGAUACAUCAUCAUUUGGACACUAGCUGUUGGAGGACUGAGAGGAGGAGCGUCAGCAUGUGGGCAACUUAAGACCAGAUGGAGCUUAGAAAAAGAAGGAACGUGAAUAUAAGUGAAGAAUGAAGGAGGGAAGUAGAGGGAGAUAGCUGAGCGUAGAAGAGGACUGGAAGAAGACUACUGAUGAAAUGCCCUGCAGGGAGAAAAAGAGGGCAGGGUCAAAUGAACAUGAUAAAUUGAGAUUGAUUGGUGAACUGGGUGUGAGUAGAAUAUUGGAUAAUUAGAGCCGUGGUUGGGAUGUGGCCCUGCUCCCCAGCCUACACCAUCAUGUUAAUUUAAUUUAAAAUCUAGACCCUGUGUGGAUUAAAGAAAAUGUUCAGCAUAUUCAACUUUAUGCAUCCAAUUCUUCAGUGAAGUUAUAACAACAAGCCCACUCAAACAGAAGAACGGCUCAGAUGAAUCAUUAAAAUCCUAAGAGUAAUAACUCGUUUCAUCCGAUGUCCCUACCCCCACACCUCUUCUCCUCAAUUCACAGCUGACUUUACAGCGUCUCAGCUCUGUUUGCUGACGCAUCAGUAGUGGCACCGGAAAGACAAGUGUGCCUGUAAGAGAAGAAGAGAAGGCAGACAGUGAAAGAAAGACGCCCCAGCAGAGAAACGUGUGAUGGGAGAGAAGCAGAGCAGGCCAAGCAUCAGAAGUGUGACUGAAUGAAGGAGAAGAACGAAAUCAUUACUGUCAAGCAAGUAGAGACAAAGAGAAGGUCACUGAGCCUCAUAUGAGAGCUGUUCUCUGAAUAUACAGAGCUCUGUUUGCGCCCAAGGGGACUUGACGUUUUUAUUACAUUAACCACCACAAUGGCAGGAUUUCUCUUAUCCUGUCUGUUUUUUUGUUCUGAUCCAAAGCUUUUCCCGUAUGAUUCCCUUCUGGAUAAAAAGCAAAAACUCAAUAGUCUGACAUCCUAUAAGAGCUUUUUCUUUUCCAUUUCAUUCAGAGUUGGCAGUCACCCUGCCGCAGAGUUGUACCGGAGCUUCACCUGCAAUUGAAGGAAUUUUGAGAUCUAUUGAAUCCUCUCCAAUGAAAAAGAGUGGUUUGAAAUCAUCACUACGUUUUUCUAUUGUUUUCUGGAGUAUGAAUAUACAAGUAAUCAAUACAUUUCUGACUUAAUGUUUGAAUUUGGGAUUUGUAGCAAUAAGCUGCGAUUUGUUAUAUGUGGUAAAAAAUGGUUUUGAGGUAAACACUUAUGCUAUUGCUAUAGGGUGAGUCCAUUGGGAACAAAAAGGAUUCUGUUUAUUAAAAUCAUUACAAUUCUCCUUAAGCUAAUGGUGUCCGAAGUUUUGAUUUUGUGUUGAAUCCAAAUGUAAUUGGAGAUUGUUGUAAAUUUGACAAAUUUGAUUGAUAAUUUUCAAGAGUUUUAGUUCAAGAUUUUCACUGAUUCAUCUUAACUUGGAAAACAUUGGAAACAGCAAAAACAUUCAUUAUGUACUGGCGAUAUCAACUUCUUCCUUCUAUUUAAAAUUAAUAGUAAGUGGGAUUGAAAACAUCUAGUGACUUUUUGCUUUGGACACCAACCAUAUAAUAAAACUGUUAUUUUUUUAAAAGAAAUAAUUACCCCAUAUUCUAUUCUUGUUGCUGAAAAAAAAUGUUUGCAUAUCAACAAAAUAUAAAUACAUUAAUACCAAAAAUUUGGAAACCUCCAUGACUUUCUUUUAAGAAGCCAAACAUGAUGGAGUCAGAUCCCUGUUAUGCUUCAGAUCUGCAAUGAUUUACAGAUCCGGUUUCUAAAAAAAAUCAUGCUACUUUUUUUCAUCAAAAUAUAUGUUUAAUAAUUAUAAAUCCUUACAUGUUUAGUUGUUGAAAAUGUAAUGAAUAAGUAAAAUCACAAUUUCCACAAUUUGCAAAGGUUAUUUUAAGUGAGAAAUAAAUAUUUUUCUGCUGAAGACCACACAUGAUGUAAAAACAAAUAAUGAAAACAAUAGCCAAGCAAGUAAAUAAAUAAAUCCUUAUUUUAAUUCAUGCAGUCUCUGUAAUGUGUUUUUCUACUGUAGUAAACUUUUUUCACUAAACACCCUUUUCACAGUGACUUUACUAACCUAUUAGAUCACAUCGCUUCUCCUCUUGAAAACCUGUAUUGACAGUUAGAUUAGGUCUUCUGUAGCCUAAGGUAUAGGUUAAGGAGGACCGAAUGCCUUAAUGCCUUGUUUACACAUCACCCAAGCUCCCACUGCCCCUGAAAUGUUGUUUGAAUCAAUGGGGGGACAGCCUCUAGUGUAGGGAGAAUAUAUAGAAAACAUUCACAUGUAGAAAAAAAUCAUUUUGGUGAUUUGCUUACCAAAGCAGAACAGAAAGAACAAUAAACUUAAGUUAGUCCAAAAUGAUGAUCAUUGAUAAUGCCCCUGGCUGAAUUUGGAUCAAUUAGGGUCUGGCAGACGUGCAGAAUCAUGACCGACCCCCAGGGCUUAAAGAACACAAUUCAAUUUUCCUCAACAAAUGUAAUACCAUUAGGCUGGAUAAAAACAGGCAACUCACAAGGGAGGAGUCUUUUAAAAAGCAAAGAGGUGGACGAGGUCGGAAGAGACGUAACGGUUGUUCAGAGGAAAGAGGACACCAAUAGAGGAUCUCACCAGAUAAAUAGAAAAUAAGAAGUACAGAUGCUCCACAGAAGGUCAAACUUUGUCUAACAUUACAGACGGAGAGGACAGAACACAGGAAGAAAUAGUGUCUCCUCUCUGUCAUAUGAGGCCUGAAAUCAAACAAGACAAAUUCGAGUGUAUUAGUCUGGAGAAUCACAUCUUUUUUUACAGCAAGACUGGAGAAAAAGUUCCCUCGCAGUUUGUUUUUCAACUUAAACUUCAGUUCAACUUUGGCAAGAGAAGUAAGGAAAAGAAAAACAUCUUGAAGAAAAAACUUGAAAGGAUCUGUCCACCAGCAUGAGGAUCUUCAGCAAAGACGUCCGCCUUCAGGACAUCACCAUCAUGUAUUUCACUGGCCUGGCUGCCCUCAUGGUCAUCCUAGUGGCUUCGUAUCAGGCGCCCUCCAACGCCAUCGACGUGUCCAGCCUAAAGCCGAGCCCUUCCAGUUCUCUGCCACCUCUCCCCAUGCCUUUCCGUAUGCCUUUGGACCCACUUGGAAACCUGCAGCUGGCCUGGAACAUCAGCUAUGCCACCCAGGAGAUCUACAUACAGCUGAGGGUUGCAGAGCUCAGACACGGGGUGGUCCUGGGGAUGUCGGACCGCGGUGAACUCACCAACGCAGACCUGGUGGUGCUGUGGGACAAUGGAACAAGGAGCUACUUUGGGGACGCAUGGAGUGACAGCAAAGGCCAUGUAUCACUGGAUAGCCAUCAAGACUACGAGCUGAUUGAAGCUAAACAAAAAGCUGAUGGAUUCUACUUGCUCUUCAAAAGACCAUUUAGUACCUGUGAUCCCAGAGAUUACGUCAUAGAGGAAGGAACCGUGCACAUCAUCUAUGGCUUGUUGGAUCAACCACUUGCCUCUCUUGGAGAUCUGAACCUGUCCAGAAUCCACAUGGGGGUGCAGAGAGUGUUGAUGCUUCGCCCUGACAUGCCAUCACCCACUCUGCCUCCAGAUGUGAAGACGAUGGAUGUUCUUGCUCCAAAUGUCAUCAUACCAAACCAAGAAACUACCUACUGGUGCUUCAUCCAGAAGUUGCCUGAUGAUAUGCCCAAGAACCACAUUGUCAUGUAUGAGUCUGUGAUAACUCCAGGUAACGAAGCCAUCGUGCAUCAUAUCGAAGUGUUUGAGUGUGCACCAGAUCUGCGAGAGGUACCACAGUACAGCGGCUCCUGUGACGACAAGAUGAAACCCAAAAAGCUCAACUUCUGCCGCCAUGUGCUGGCUGCCUGGGCAAUGGGGGCUGAGGCUUUUUACUAUCCCCCUGAUGCAGGCCUGGCCAUAGGUGGACCUGGUUCCUCAAGAUUUCUCCGCUUGGAAGUCCAUUACCACAAUCCUCUCCUUAUAUCUGGCAGGCAUGACUCAUCUGGGAUACGACUGCAUUACACUCCCAACCUGAGGCGGUACGAUGCAGGGAUCAUGGAGCUGGGCCUCGUUUACACUCCUGUCAUGGCGAUCCCUCCAAAGCAGCAUACCUUCUAUCUCACUGGGUAUUGCACAUCUAAGUGCACCCGGACUGCUUUGCCUCCAGGAGGUAUCUAUGUAUUUGCCUCCCAGCUGCACACCCACCUGGCUGGCCGUGGGGUCAGAACAGUUUUGGUGAGGGGAGGGAAAGAGCUGGAAGUGGUACAGGAAGACCAACACUUCAGUACAGAGUACCAGACAAUCCGAGUUCUGAAGAAAAUGAUCAAUAUUUUACCAAGCGACGUCCUUAUAACAAAGUGCACUUACAACACAGAGGACAGGAGCAAGCCUACAGUGGGAGGUUUUGGCAUCAUGGAAGAAAUGUGCGUCAAUUAUAUUCAUUACUACCCUCGGACUCAACUGGAGCUCUGCAAGAGCCACGUUGACCCAGGGUACCUGCAGAAAUAUUUUAGCUUCAUUAACAGGUUCCAUGGAAAUGACCAGUGUGUGUGUGGCGAUUUUGGUGUGACAGAUCAGUAUGCUCAGCUGCACUGGGAUGAUUUUGCCGGAGAAGUGCUGGACUCUCUUUAUAACACAGCUCCCAUCUCCAUGCACUGCAAUCAGUCCACUGCACGCCUCUUUCCUGGUGAAUGGGAAAAACAGCCCCUACCAGAAGUGACCGCCAUCCUACCAAAACAUCGCUACCCCUGUGAAGGAGGUGCAGAGUCAUACAGCUGAGCAGAAACAUCUGGAGUAGUUUGAGGACAGGGAGCGGUCAGCGGACCAACAGGAGAUUAAAGAGGAUUAUUAAAUGUGACUUAGUUUGAAUUUAGUUUGAUCUCUACAUUAGCUGAUAAAUAGAAUCCACUGCUUACUGUAAUUAUAUGCCUGUGCAAACACCCACCAGCUGUGUUUAUUAUUAGUGCAUACUAAUUAAGCUAAUAGCAGUGUUAUUCAUGUGUUACAUUUAAUGAAAAUGACAGUGAGAUAUUUUACAUCACAAGUCUGUCAAUAUAAAAACAAAAAACAUAAAAGUUAUCCAAAAAUUAAGAGAAAAAGUUUGUUCCAUUUCUCGCGAUUCUGUUAAAUUACACUAAAGCAUUGUAUUUGUCAUAUAGUUUAAUGUAAUGCAGUUAAAUAAAUAUUCUAUAUUACAGUAAAAUGUUG